AUGUCUGAAGCAGACGCCAGGGAUAAUAUUAACAAUGUCGGUGGUUCGACGGCAACCCAUCUGCAUCAUCAUCCUAUUUUAAACCUCGCCAACCUCAGCGCCGAUGACCUGAAGGGCGAAGUCGAGAGGCUGAGUGCCGAAUUAGCCGAAACUACACAACAAAAAUUACAGGCAGCCCAAUACGGCCUGGAAGUACUUGAAGAGAAGCAGCACCUACAACAACAAUACGAAGAUCUUGAAAGUAUUUACGAUGCUACCAAAAAUGAGUUGGAUUGUGCCAAAGCAGCUUUAAGCAAACACCAGUCUACUUACAGGAAGCAGCAUGAGGUGGGAAUCCGACAUGAAGAACAUUUCCUCCAGGAGACACUUUCUCUGGAGGAUCAGUACAGGGAUACGAUCAGCGAGCUGGAGACGGAGCUCAAGUCAAUCAAGGCUGCUUAUGAUCGCAUCACUUGUGAAAAUGAGCGCCUUAAUGCAUUGGUUAACGAGAGUCAGCAGCAGAUGGAAGCAUUAGAGUUGCAACGGAAGCAGUUAAGAAAUGAAAUCAAAGAAUACAAAAUCCGCGAGAACCGCAACUUAGCAGACUAUGCAGAGCUGGAAGAUGAAAAUAUCAAUCUUCAGAAACAAGUGUCUCAGCUACGGCAGAGUCAAGUGGACUAUGAAGCCCUGAAACAUGAAAAGCGGGCACUCCAAGAAGAAGCAGAUGAUCUGAAUGCUGAGCUAGAGCAAACAAAAAAUCUCAAGAAAAUUAUAGAACGAAAUCUAGAGGAAUCUCUCAACUCGUUGCAACAGGAACGGGAACAGAAGCACAUGUUAAAAAAAGAGCUUGAUCACCAUAUAACCAGAGAGUCUAUGUUCAAUCUCAGCAAUCUUGCUCACAUUGGUGGUUUGAGUGAUGGGCUCAAGUUUGGUAACAGUCACGAUCUGAAUUUGAACAGUGGUCACAGGGAAGCAAAUGAUGAUGAGGGUGAAUCUCAGGAUCACCCUGCACUCAAACGAUUGGAAGCUGACUUCAUUCAACCCAAAAAAGAUGAUGGUAGAGUUCCUAAACCAGCUCCUGCUAGUGUGAAUGAUUUGCUAAGUGAGAUCCACAUGACUGAAGUACAGAAAUUGCAACAGUUACUUGAUCAAAGUGAAAAUGAAAAAAUGGAAUUGCAGAAAGGCUUGGAUGAAGCUCAGAAACUGAUGCAGGACACUCAGAAAGAUCUGAUGGAGCAGCGGGAAAGGGCAGCACAGCUGAAGUCCCACAUGAGUGCAAUAGCAAACAUCAAUGAAGCCCAAAUCAACUUGCCUGAGGAUGAACUCACAGAAGAAGACCUUGCAGAGAUCCAGAAUGAAAGUGAUCCAGAAAAGCGAGAAAUCCUGCUCCUGAAGCAUAACUAUAACAUCAAUGAGAAAAAAUAUAUGGCGGCUCUGAAACAGAUUAGCAAUCUUCAGUCUGAAAUUAAUUCUCUCCAAGAACGAGUCCAGAAUGCCGAGAGUAACAAGACUAUUGAUCCUGAGGUGAAGGAGACACUGUCUAAUCUAAACAACAAAAUCUCUGAAUAUGAGGAACAGGUCAAGAUUCUACAAAAGGAUCUUACUGGUAUGACUGAUUCUGCUGACAGUGCUCAAGGAAGGCUUAAUGUUACUCAGGAUCAGUUAGUGCAUAUCACAGAAGACCUGGCUCAGUUGUAUCAUCUAGUGUGUGAAGUCAAUGGAGAACUCCCAAGCAGAGUUAUGCUUGACCAUGCCAAGGGUGCUGCUCAGAUGUCUCGGCCAGAUGUGGCCAGAGAGGGAUCUGAGGAGAAAAGUGAAGUGACUCAGAAAAGUAAUGGUGAAGUGAGCACAGAAGAUGGAGAGUCAUCAGGUUCAGAAGCUUCCAAAAAAUCCAAAGAGCUUGUGAGCCAAGACCUGAAGGGGCAGGGGGAUCCAACAUCUUGUGGAAAAUUAGUUGAGACUAUCUUGGACCAGAUAAAGUACUUAAGACGUGCUGUUGAGCAUUUGGUAGUAACCAGACAGCGGCAAGAUGAUGAUACAGAGAACCAAGAUGUGAAGGAACUGCAGGAGCAGAUAGUCAAAUUGAAGGCCAUGCUGUCAACAAAACGAGAACAGAUUGCCACUUUGCGAAGUGUAUUGAAAGCAAACAAAUCAACAGCAGAGAUUGCUCUGGCCAAUCUGAAACAGAAAUAUGAGAAUGAGAAAGUAAUUGUAACAGAUACAAUGAUGAAACUAAGAAAUGAACUGAAGGCUCUCAAAGAGGAUGCAGCUACAUUUGCUUCCUUGCGAGCAAUGUUUGCCCAGCGUUGUGAUGAAUAUGUCACACAACUGGAUGAGAUGCAGAGACAGCUAGUUGCUGCAGAAGAGGAGAAAAAGACUCUGAAUUCUUUACUUCGAAUGGCUAUUCAGCAGAAACUAGUACUAACACAGCGAUUGGAGGAUUUGGAAUUUGACAGAGAGCGUCGUAACAUUCGAAGGCAAGGCCGAAACAAGAUCGGUGCACCCAAAGUCUUCCCAAAAGAGAGACUAUUAAAAACUAGGUGUCUAGUCCUGUGGACCCGGAGAACCGGUUUUUCUUCCAGUGACAGUCCAUACUCCAGCCCAAUGCUGAUGUGCCCACUUUGA